AUGCCUACUGCUCUGACACUAUUCAAAGCAAAUACUGCCCUCUCAGACAAUUGGUUACAAUCUUUCGAUGCUUGCGCUGUUGCUGUGCAAGGCAAUCUGGUCAUCAUGACUCCCAAUAUGCACUUCAUUCCAGAAUUUCAUCACUUCGACGCAGAAAUCUUACAAGCCUGCACAGAUGGUUGCUUUGGCGUCAUUGACUGCUUCCAGUGGCCUCAGGCUUAUGACAAUACAUUUUGCCAUGCCGCUUGCAUACCUCAAAAGGAGGCUUUUCCAUCUCCUCACCCACUUCAUUGGGCCUGGUUCACCCCUACCUGGAAUGACCUUGAGUCCAUUCCUGGGAAUUUGUUUCCUGUGGGCACACUGGUGUUGGAUAAGGUUGAUGGAUUGCAAACCCCUUUCAAACUGGCAGAACAACAACUCUGUGAGUAUAGACAGGCUCAGCCAGACAGAGGCCAAGUUAUAUAUGGCCGCCUUUUGUCCCUCUGCCACACUGUUGCACACUUGAAGUCGCACCCCCUCACUUUUUGUGAUCUUCUCAUUUUUGUCACCAAUGCUCAGCAUCUCUUUCUUGAUAUAUACUCUUACAUCGACAGGGUACUUAUAGCUCAACCUCUCACUACUUCAGGCCUUUGUCAUGUUGUUUGGGGUGAUUGGAUGGGCGCUUUUGUACAGAGUAGCGAUGUCUGCAAGAAGUUAUUCUGCACUGGUAUCCCCAUUUGGUAUGUUCGCACAAGUGCAUACAUUCCCCUGAACAUGAAGGUCAUUGAACCUGUUUUACUCACCCAUCUGGAUCACAUCAUCAUUGGCAUGUACACAGAGGGCAGCAAAGUUCACCCAUUCAAAGUGAUAUACUGCAGCCCUGGUGGUCAUCAUCAUCAUGUCCACGUUCACUGCCUAUAUGCAGGUACAACACACCUAGACCCCAAGGCAGACAACCCUCAACCAUCGUCCAGCUCAAAUUCCGGUCCUAAACCAAAACACCAGCCAUACUCCAUUGAAGCUCGCCCUGCAUGUCCUGCUCAGUCAGGCGAAUCCAGGGACAAGUGGCAGGACCCUGACACUCCUUACCUUCUGCUGCCAAACCUGCAUUGGGAAGCAGCAAUGAAAAUUGCAAUUAAGGACCAGUCACAUAUUCACACGCCCUACAUUAUUGAUCAGGGGUAUAGAUUCCUUGAGCCUGCUCUUCUUAUUGGCCCCAAACUGCCUGAAUGUCUGCAAACAUAUCUUGCCAAUUGGCUUGCAUCUCGUGCACUGUGGGUAGGCCAUGUCAACCACAAUCCUCCAUGCACUUAUCCCACUCCUCAACUCUGGUGCGACUUCCUUGGUAGUGUGCCUUCUGCCCAGCCACAAUCCCAUAAGGCUGACAGAAAGGGUCUUAUGGCCACCAAGAAGUGGAAGCAGGUGAUGUGGGAGUUGUUUGGUGAUGAUUUUCUAGAAUCUCAGGGUGAUGUAUUUUUGCCAGAUGGAGUUGUUGAGUUUCAGGGUGAAGAAAUCUCUGUCAGUAGUCUUACUAAUCCUUCUGCACUUCUAGCCCAGAAGGUCACAUGGGAGCUGUUUGAACUUGGCUUUCAAUAUGAGUUGUGGGAUCUUGAUCGUCACUUGGCACAGAGAGAAUGGAAGGAUGAUCCAGCUGGUCAUGAGCAACUCCUCCAUGGCGUCUUCCUGGGUGAUGCUGGUCUAGUGAUGUGGUCAGAGCCAUUUCUGUCAGAACAUUACAGGUUGUGGGAUAAUACCCUGAAGGGCUGUCUUCCUUACAUGGAGAAUUUCCGCCAACUGCUUUGCGAUUGGGAUGGUGUGCCACCUCUUCUUAUGACCCUGCUGACAUCAGACAACUUCACAGAUACAAAGUCUUGGGAAGUCAAGCCUCCCAUUGUACCCCAUUCACUUUCCAUGCAAUCAUGA